AUUUCCAACAGCAGCGACUGUCAGGAGAUAGCUGGGUGGCAGCAGGGACAGGGGGAGAGGGGCUUUUCUCUGAGGCCACCUGGAAAAAGCCAUGUAAGAUCCCUGGCUUCUCAAAGACUCACAUAAUUCAAAUUCAAGCACCUGGGAUGCAAAUCUGUAACGGAAUCAGAGGGAGAAUCUGUGGAUUUAUGCGUAAAAACGACGAACUAAAAAAGAAGACAAAAAAGUUUCUGUAAAGUUUGCAGUGCGCCUCGGAGCUUCAUGGACACGCUGAGAAACUUCCAGUCCAACUUUAGGAGAAGAAAUCCCAACAAGUUUAGCGCCAAGGAUAUCUCUAAUCAGUUUUGAUGUCAGGUGAAGGUGAAGUGAGGCUGACGGAGAGUUUAUCUUUAGCCGGGUAAAAACAGCGUUUCUUUCUGAUCGGUGCGUAAUUACGCAGCGGGGAGGCAUGAGUGGAGGUCGCUUUGAGUUUGACGAUGGUGGAGCUUACUGCGGAGGAUGGGAGGGGGGCAAAGCCCACGGCCACGGCAUCUGCACAGGACCCAAAGGCCAGGGCGAGUUCUCCGGCUCCUGGAACUACGGCUUCGAGGUGGUGGGGGUCUACACCUGGCCUAGCGGGAACACCUACGAGGGCUACUGGUCGCAGGGGAAGCGUCACGGUCUGGGAGUAGAGACCAAAGGACACUGGCUUUAUAGAGGGGAAUGGACUCAUGGCUUUAAAGGGAGGUACGGGGUCCGGAUCAGUGUGGGCAGUGGAGCAAAGUAUGAAGGCACGUGGAAUAAUGGGCUUCAGGAUGGAUACGGAACAGAAACUUACGCUGAUGGAGGAACUUUCCAGGGUCAGUUCACUGGUGGGAUGCGACACGGCUACGGUGUCCGUCAGAGUGUCCCUUACGGUAUGGCAGCAGUUGUCCGAUCCCCUCUUCGUACCUCCCUGACUUCCCUUCGUAGUGAGCACAGUAACGGCACCAUCCUUCAGCAAGACAUCCCCGUCAUUACCACCACCAACGCCUCAGGUGAGGAGACUCCCGUCUCCACCCCUACCCAGCUGGGUCCGUCCCGCGGAGGCUUCGCCCUCACGCUGCAGGUGGAUCCAGAGGCCGUGAAACCAAAGAAGAAAGGCCUGUUUCGUAGAAGCUCCCUGCUGGGAAAGCUGAAGAAGUCUGACUCAAGUACGUCGCUGUCCAGCCAGAAGAGUAAGAUCAGCUUCCUGAGGACGGAAUCAGCUCUCAGCUCCAACGCCAGCGACACCAACUCCACCAUCAGCAUGGACGAGAGCCUGGCCGGAGCUGAGGACUUCCCCCCGGUCGAGGCCGACAUCGACGCCACCACCACAGAGGUCUACAUGGGCGAGUGGAAGAACGACAAACGCUCUGGAUAUGGAAUAAGUGAGAGGUCCAGUGGGCUGAAGUACGAGGGAGAGUGGCUGAACAACCAGAGACACGGAUAUGGCUGCACCACCUUUGCUGAGGGAGGGAAGGAGGAGGGGAAGUACAUGAACAACAUGCUGGUGAAGGCCAUGAAGAAGAGGGUGAUCCAGCUGAAGGGAACCAAGAUCAAGCAGAAGGUGGAGCGGGCGGUGGAGGGCGCUCAGAGAGCCGCAGCCAUCGCCAAGCAGAAAGCCGAGAUCGCCGCUUCAAGGACGACUCACUCAAAGGCGAAGUCAGAUGGAGCGGAACAGGCAGCUCAGGCCGCCAACAGUGAGUCCAGCAUCGCACGACUGGUCGCCAAAGAGCUUUCCCCUUCCUUCUACCAGCCAGGCCCUGAGUAUCUGAAGAAGAGAGUGCUACAGGAGGUGUUGGAGGGUAGCGAGAACACAGACACCGUCAUGCAUGAGCCGCUGUUAGCCGAGGAGGAGCCCUUGCCCACGCCGCCUGAAAGCCCCUUCAUGAAUGAGCUGGACAGCCUCAUGCCCGGCUCUUCUCCCGGACGCACCCCCUCCCCCAGCCCGGGCAUCUUCAGCAAGGAAGACCCCAAACUCCUCAGUCCAAGGAGCUGGAACGAAGACAAAACCAGUAAAGGAGGCGGCAGUAAACCCAACAGCAAACCCAACAGCAAACCCAACAGUCGUCCCACCACACCUUCAGCUGCUGUUACUGCUCCAGCUCCGGCUGCUCCUGCUGCUCCUGCUGCAGCUGCUCCUGAAAGCGGAGGGGCCCCCAGCAGCCGUGGCCCCUCACGCACCCCGAGUCGUCAGAGCAACAAGAUCGAGCAGGGGUCUGACCUGGAGAUCAAGCCCCUGCAGAAGUUUGACUCAGAGGUAAAAGCUCCAGAAGCUGCUCCUCCUCCUCCUGCCUCCCCUGAAAGGAAUAGCCUCAUCGCUGCAGAUGAAGAAGAAGCCCCGCGCCCUGCCUCCAGAGUAUCCUCUAAAGCCGUGACCCCUGAGCCCAAAACCAUCGAGGUCAAACCUGAGCGAGCUCCGUCAGUCCAAGGUCGAGCGACGCCCGCAUCUGAGCACAAAGCAGAGUCCAGGGAGGCGAGCAGGCCGUCGAGCAAAGCAGAGACGAAGCCUGUACUAAAACGACAGCCCAGCCCAGCUCCAUCCCCAAGACCUGCACCAACUCCUGAACCUAGAACAGUACCAAAGCCAGCAGAAGUCAAAACUGUUGUUGCCAAACCAGCCCCGAAGGUUGAUCCCAAAGCUGAGGCCAGACUGAAGGCGAGCCCGAGUAGUGAGGUGGCUGCAGAGUCUUUGGAUUUGGAGGGCCCAAACACCAUCAUGAUCUGCAUGGUUAUCCUGCUCAACAUCGGCCUGGCCAUCCUCUUUGUACACAUCUUAUCAUGAGACAUUUUCCACCUCCACAGGUCACCAGCAGUGCUGGAGAGAGUCGACCUUCCUCCUCCUCCUCAGUUUGGACCAGAGAUCAGAGAGACGGCUGAGAAGCUUCAUGCAGACAGCAGCAGCGGCAGCAGCAGCUCCUCUGAAGGUUUAGUGUUGGUGUGACUGUGUGCAGCUCUGUGAAGCUCCUCUCUUUGACAAACUGAAGGACAAUGAAUGACUGAAAAAGAGUCAUCAGAAUACGAUGAUGUUUGGCUGGAUGUGGUAGAGCAUGUCGGCACUGGAGACGUCUCGGUUUGGCUUUGUCACAGUGUGUCACAAGUGUGUCAACAUUUAGCAAAAAAAAAGGGCUUUAAAUUCAGAUUUAAUUGGCUCAUGAUGAUGGAUUAGCCAGACUUGAGAGUUAACUUAGAUAAUGAAGUUUCGUCACAUCAUAUGUUUGUUUGUAUUAUGUCAUCGCCGGCUGAAGGAAUGUUGAAAACAUGCAGACUGAAUAAUCUCUCCACUUUGCCUUAAACUUGAAUGUUUGGACUUCUGCAGCCAAAAAUUAUCAAGCAUUAACUGUCAGUAUCAUUGCUUUAAUCACCAUCAAGCAAUCUUUUGGCUCUGACGUCUAUUAAAAAGACUCGAGCAUCAUUUCAGCUUCAUUUCCGCUAAAUGCAUCCUGCAAAUAUCUGUAUUUGAGACUGUGUUGUACUACACUGUGAAAUAUUCAUAAUCACUGGGAUUUCUGUGCAUUUAUUGUCAUAAUGCUGCUUUGAUUUUAGGAGCUGAUGAACCAAAUAUAGAAUAGGAAGCUUAUGAGUGUCGCUGCUGCUGUAUAUGUGUAUGUUUACUGUGUAGCGCCCCCUGAGCUGUGGAUGUGUUGCAGUAGAAUGAGCUUGCAGAAAAUGAAGGCUGGGAUUUAAAAGAUCACAGAAUGAUGUAGAAAAGUUGCCCAAUCUAGAAAUAUUUAUGCAGGUAGCAGCAGGAUGUUAGAAUGAAAAGUGUCACCAUUGCUGCUCUGGCUCCUGUUGUGUUUCGAUGAGUUCAAGUUUUGUACGCAUGAGGGCACUUUGCGUGUUUGUGUCUAUUUUUGUACCAUUUUGAAGUGUACAUCUUUUAAGCAUUCAGAUAUUCUCCUGAAGGGUUUUUUGUCAAGAACUAUGCAACCCCAAAUUAAUUUAUUACCCAAAGAAGUCCGAUUACCUCGUGAUUGUGAGCUGGAGGAAAAAGGGGAUUGUUCUUAACUCCAUGUCUUACACUGGGAAUAUGUUGGCUUUAAAAGGAUUUAAGAGGGUUUUAGAUGAAAUUGUUGUGCCUUUUGAGUUUGCAAAUGAACACACAGACCACUUGUUGUGCAUUGUUUCAGUGCCAAAAAAGAAAAAAAGUGUUAAAUAAAUCUCCCAUGAUCUCAUUUUGGCAGGUAUUUUCUUCAUUCUAGCGAUGUGAAUUCAAGGGUUUGUGCAUUAAAACAGCAUCCAUAUGGUCAGUUAUGUAAAAGUCUUUUUGUUUUGUCUGUUCUAACUACACUGCUGAGUUUGAAUACAUGCAUUUAUGUAGCCAAACCUGGUCAAAAUUACAACACUGAGAUUAAAUAAAACUUUUACAACA